GGCUUUCUUGGUGCUGUUUUUUUUCUACCCACUUUAAACCUUCAGGUUCUACUUAUCAGGGAAAACGGGAAAUGCUGUGUGCAAAUAGCAAUCCAAAAGUUCUUAGUAAACUGCAGCCACAGGGACUCAGACUAGAAUGAAGGUAGGAAGAGCUGGGACAGCUUGGGCUUAAUCCUAAGAUUUUCUUCGGGCUGAGUUUCUGUUGCUUGUUAACUCAGGGCAUUUGCAGAUAGAUGUAUUUCUCACUGGUGGUGUGGAGUCUUGGGCAGAACCAACAUCAACGUUCUGAGCUAGAUUUUGAAAUACCAGUGUGUGUGCAGUUAGUGUUUUUAUUAAAGGAGCUCAAGAGCCCAGCACAGAUCUUGUCUAACUGCAAAAGCAGAAGUUAAGAAGCAGCAUCUUGAAGGCACUUUCCUAGAGAGAAGUCUUGAGAUGGCUCUGAAUAAUUGUUCCCACCUGGACCUGGAAGUGGAUCCUUUCCUGCACUGCAACAACACCUUCAAUCAAAGUCUGAACGGCCCCAAGAUGGACAACUGGUUCUAUCCAGGAAUCAUUUAUGUCAUUCCUGCUGUUUAUGGGGUUAUCAUCGUGAUAGGCCUAAUUGGCAACAUCACCUUGAUCAAGAUCUUCUGUACAGUCAAGUCCAUGCGAAACGUACCAAACCUGUUCAUCUCUAGCCUGGCUUUGGGAGACUUGCUGCUGUUGGUAACGUGUGCCCCUGUGGAUGCCAGCAAGUACCUGGCUGACAGAUGGCUAUUUGGCAGGAUCGGCUGCAAACUGAUCCCAUUUAUACAGCUUACCUCAGUGGGGGUGUCUGUCUUCACACUUACGGCACUGUCCGCAGACAGGUACAAAGCCAUCGUCCGGCCAAUGGAUAUCCAGGCAUCACAUGCCCUGAUGAAGAUUUGUCUCAAAGCUGCCUUGAUCUGGAUCGUCUCUAUGCUGUUGGCCAUCCCAGAGGCUGUGUUUUCUGACCUCCAUCCCUUCCAUGUGAAAGAUACCAACCAAACCUUCAUUAGUUGUGCCCCCUACCCACACUCUAAUGAGCUGCACCCUAAAAUCCACUCUACGGCUUCCUUUCUGGUUUUCUACAUUAUCCCACUGUCAAUCAUCUCUGUCUACUACUACUUCAUUGCCCGAAAUCUGAUUCAGAGUGCCUACAAUCUUCCUGUGGAAGGCAAUAUACACGUCAAGAAGCAGAUCGAAUCCCGGAAGCGGCUUGCCAAGACAGUACUGGUGUUUGUGGGACUCUUUGCCUUCUGUUGGCUCCCCAAUCAUAUCAUCUACCUGUACCGCUCCUACCACUACUCUGAGGUGGACACCUCCAUGCUCCACUUUGUCACCAGCAUCUGUGCCCGCCUCCUGGCCUUCACCAACUCCUGCGUGAACCCUUUUGCCCUCUAUCUGCUGAGCAAGAGCUUCAGGAAGCAGUUCAACACUCAACUCCUCUGCUGCCAGCCUGGCCUAAUGAACCGGUCCCAUAGCACUGGGAGAAGUACCACCUGCAUGACCUCCUUUAAAAGCACCAACCCCUCAGCCACCUUCAGCCUCAUCAAUGGAAACAUCUGUCAUGAGGGGUAUGUCUAGACUAACCUCUCAAUCUUGCCUCCUAAGGGACUCCGGGUUUUGUUUUAUGGAUGGCCAGGAGCCCUGUAAUUGGAUGUUAUCUCUGUACUUUCCAAAGACCCUUCAGGAGGCUGAAUGAUACAGAUGGGUAGGAGAGAUGUGCAAAAGCGUCAAUCACUAGUGUUAUCUCAAAGUGCUGGCUUCAUUUUCCAUCUCAGUUUGGGAGGGUUUCUUUUGGUGGAGAGCAAAUCUUCCUUUACAAAAGAAGGAACAAAUUGGAAAUUAUUAUUCAAAGCACCAAGCCCUGCUAUGCAAGUAUGGUCAAUUAAGUCAUAGAAAUUGUAUGAACAAAGAAGGCUGAGAAACCACGCGUUGGAUAUCUACUCUGUGAAAGAUUUUAUUUAAACAGAAGCUGAUUGCUUUCAAAACACGGCUUGACUCUUUUUUCCAGAAACAUCUAUAAUAUGUAAACUAAGGGACAACUUUAAUUUACAUUCCUAAAAUGAGAAGCCAACUCUAAAAAAGAGUCCCAUGUGUGAGGAAUGGACGUCAUUUAUAACAUUGGAAGCCAGUGUAAUAUAAAACAAACCUCUAAAUAUUGACUUUUAAAAAAUGUUGCUGAGGACAUGGGAGAAACACCCAAUAUAAGGCAAAAUACAAGUAAACACAUAGAUCCAUGUAUGGAUAUAGAACAACAGCUUAUGCUCUGACUUCUUAUUUCACAAAAGUUCUGAUUGUGGUUAACCCAAUUUGGGCCAUUGUAGUGUCAUUCUGCCAUGGCGGAGAAAUCCUUUUGUGAGAAAAAAUGAUCAUUUUAUCAAAGCAACAACUAUGUAUAAAUGUAUAAAUGAUGGUGUUUACUCUUGGUAUGCAUAUUUUGAAUCAAAUGUAUUUACUUAGGUUUAAUUGUCCUUGCUAUGGUGAAGCAGUAGUUUCAAUAUGAGAAAGACCAUAGCUGUAGAUAAAUAAAAUUGUGUUUAUAUUGGAA